AUGACACAAACUCGGCCCAGUGGCAACGACUACUUUCCGGAGUGUAUCCAACAAACGCGGACCGGAGGAGAGACAGCAGCUCAUUCCAUCUUUUGGUACAGGAACUCGGGCAGGAGGAAACAUGUCAGCUCAUUCGAUCUCUCGGUACGAGGACGUCACCUCACCCCACACCUCCUGCAUUUCCAGGCCCAUUUUUUCUGCGAUAACGUCUCCUCUCUUUCCUUUCCAGACAAACUCGACGAGGAUGAGGCAGGGAACCUCCUGCAAAGUCUCAACAAACUGGCAGAGGAUGAGAUAAGGAACCUUGUGCAGCGUUUCAGUAACAGCUACGGGCCGGAGGAGAGACGAGACUUCAUUCAUGUAUUUGGCAUACUUGACCAGGAGCAGAGGUCCCGGCUUAUUGAUUCUUUUGGUCCUCUUGAGCCGGAGCAAAGGAGCCAGCUCAGUCAUUCUUUUGAACAACUCGAGCCAGAGGAGUUUCGGGAACUUAUCCAUGCAUUUAGUAAGGACGACAUUCCUUAUGCCCCAUAUCUCAUACUUGAGCCGGAGCAGAUUCGCCAGCUCACUAAUUCUUUUGGUCCGGACAUCGUUCACACAUAUCACACUGCUGUCUCAGGGAUGUUCCUGUUCAAUUACGAAUGGAAAACCUAUUUUCUACUUUCCUUUCCAGAAAAGUUAUUGCCGGAAGAGACACAUCAACUCAUUGAUGCAAUUGAAAGACUCGGGCCUGAGGACACACGCCAACUCAUUCAUGCAAUUGACAAUCUGAAGUGGGAACAGAUGCUCCAGCUUAUUGAUACUAUUGAAAAACUCGUUCUGGAGGAGACACGACAACUCAUUGGUGCAUUUAGUGAGGACGAAGUUCCCUUCAACCUAGAUGAUGGGGCUUUUCUCGCACAGUUUCACUAUAUAAAAGACACCAGAAAAGGUCAACAGGAACUCGUCCUUGUCUACGAAGUUGAGUAA